GGGAGCGGGAAACAAAAAGAGACGAAGGACGCAUGCGUUUGGUGAGUCCCGGAUUCUGGUGGGUUCUUCCGCCCGGGCUGGGUGAAGCGCUUCCGGGUCGCCGCCGGCUGCAGCCUCCCGGCGCGAUGUGAAAACUGAGGCCCAUAGAGUUUAAGUGACUUGGCCAAAGUCAAACAACUAGUAAAUGGUGGGGCCAGGACACAAACCCAGGAGCCAUGUCUACCUUGUUCCCCUCACUCUUCCCCCGUGUAACUGAGACGCUGUGGUUUAAUCUGGAUCGACCCUGUGUGGAAGAGACAGAGCUGCAGCAGCAGGAACAGCAGCACCAGGCUUGGCUCCAAAGCAUCGCAGAGAAAGACAACAACCUGGUUCCCAUUGGCAAGCCAGCCUCAGAGCACUAUGAUGAUGAAGAAGAGGAAGAUGACGAAGAUGAGGAGGACAGUGAAGAAGACUCAGAGGAUGAUGAGGACAUGCAGGACAUGGAUGAGAUGAAUGACUACAACGAGUCGCCUGACGAUGGAGAGGUCAAUGAGCCUCCUCUCCAGGUGGACAUGGAAGGCAACGAACAGGAUCAGGACCAGUGGAUGAUCUAGGUAGGCAAGGCAGGGUGGCCUCAGGGAGAUUCCAGGCCAGCCCAACCUACCUUGCGUCCUGCCCCCCAACCCCUGCCCACAGAACCGGCCCAUGGCCCCAGUGCCUGAGAGUGUCCUGGGGCACCUCCUCAGCUGCUUCCAGGACCUGAUCUCCUCGGCCCCUCCCAGGCCAGCCGUCUGCUCUUGAAUCCCCAGGGCCUGAGGCCAUGCCACCCUCCUGGCCAGUACCUCACCCUUGGUCGCCGGGUCUGGUCUCUUUCUGACUCUCUUUAAUAAAGACACAGGACUGAUUUUUCCCCC